GUUAAGGCUUAGGCAUUUAGUUGUGAUGGGGGUAAUUAAGGGGCUAUUUAUGCAUUAUGCCUAUGAGUGUCCUCACUAAAGAUCGGUUUACAAAAAAGUUUCACUCUUUAGCUGAGAACAGUAGUCUCUCUCUCCCCCUCUCUCCCUCUCUCCCUCUCCGCGUGUGUGUGUAUGUGUGGUCAUGCGCCCUACAGCAGCCAGUGAUCUCCAGCAGGACUUCCACCUCCACUGAACCGCCACUGAACGUGGAUAUCCAUGCGUAAAGAGAGAGAGCGUGUGUGUGUGUGUGUGUGUGAGAGAGAGAGAGACUACUGUUCUCAACUUGACAACUCACUAUUAGUCGGAUUUCCUUUUGUUUGGAUGAGGAAAAGCAGAUGUUGAGACUUAACAGAUGCGAAUCUCCGUCAAAAACACCUUCACCACUUUCAACCAACGCUGGCGCAAACGAGACAGGUGCAAAUAUCGUCAGGAGUGCGGACGCAGAAGAGUCCACUGACUGAAAACCACCACGAACAGGUGUAGACGUCAGAACGGAGAAGUCGGAGCAUGAUGGAGACUCUCCUCAGUGGCCCCGACGCACACAACCACUCCACCGCCUUCAUCUCCAUCUUCAACUCUAGCUGCCGCUUCGACGAAGAGUUCAAAUACAUCCUGCUGCCUGUGUCGUACAGUCUCGUGUUCGUGGUCGGCUUCGUGCUUAACGCCACGGCUCUGUGGAUCUUCCUAAAGAUGCGUCCGUGGAACCCGAGCACAGUGUUCAUGUUCCACCUCGCCCUGUCUGACUUCCUGUACGUCGUCUCCCUGCCCACGCUCAUCUACUACUACGCCAACCGCAGCCAUUGGCCCUUCGGCGUGGCCGCCUGCAAAAUUGUGCGCUUCCUCUUCUAUGCCAACCUCUACUGCAGCAUCCUCCUCCUCACCUGCAUCAGUUUGCACCGUUACCUGGGCAUCUGCCACCCCAUCAAGGCGCUGACUCUGGUGAAGCCCCGCCACGCGCACCUGGUGUGUGGCAUGGUGUGGUGUGUGGUGACCGUGUGCUUGGUGCCCAACCUCAUCUUUGUCACCACGUCCAGGAGGGACAAUGACACGCUGUGCCACGACACAACAAGCCAGCAGGCCUUUGAGGAGUACGUGGACUACAGCUCUGUCGUCAUGGUGCUCCUCUUUGGUGUCCCGUUCACGGUCAUCGUGGUGUGCUACUACCUGAUGGCGCGGACCCUGUGCCGGCCCCGGCACGGCUUAUCAGCUGGCCAGCAGAGCAACGCCUCACGCCAGAAGUCCAUCAAGCUCAUCAUUAUAGUGUUGGUGGUGUUCGCCGUGAGCUUCGUGCCAUUUCACAUCACGCGGACUCUGUACUACACCUCGCGCGUGCUGCGGCGCGACUGCAGAUACCUGAACAUUGUCAACUUUACGUACAAAAUCACCAGGCCGCUGGCCAGCGUCAACAGCUGCAUUGACCCGAUCCUAUAUUUCCUCGCUGGGGAUCACUAUCGCUCCAAAAUGAAGUAUAUCCUUACGGGCAGAAAGCAGGCGGUGAACAGUCAAACGCCGGAGCAGCCGCAGAGGCAGCUGAACAGUAACCAUGACAUCGCCGUGGUCUACUGUAACACAGCUCUCAAAGACAGAGCAGAGGUGGACAGAUAGUGGGAACUCUUUUCUUUUUGAUCCAAACCUUUCUAAUACAACCGGUUUUUAUUUGCACUGAAAGGUUUGGAAUCUUGCUACAGUGCAAUAUGGGCUUUGACUGUUCUUAACACGAUGUCAGAGUGUAUUUGAAGUCAAAGAUUUGUUCAUUUCACCCAUAGCAUGCUGUCGUCUACCACAAAGGUAUGAGGACACGGAAGUCAGCAUCCAAUGCUGCUGCUGCUGCUGUUGCAAAGGGUUCGUCUUUGCAUGAAAUGCAGGGGAAAAGUAAAUGAGAUGCUCGAGUUACAAAAUAUCUGUGAACAACAAGUGUUCAUUUAGGAUACGGUCAAUAGUUUAUUCAAAAUUCAUAGCAAUCAGUCUUACAUAAAGUACCUCAAAGGGAUACUUGAGUAUCUCACCAGAAAAUGACUUUAGUAGAAGUUGAAGUC